AUGAAAUUGGAGGGUAAUGAAUACUAAAAUAUCCCUGUUCUGCAGGUCUGACUGCUGUGGGUGGUCUGUCCCUGAUGGGAGGUGGCUACACCCCAACAACUACUGCUGAGACACUUGCUCUGCUGGCUGCCUUCAUCUCCUCUGUCAACAUUGCUGGUGGUUUCCUGGUGACUAAGAAGAUGUUGGACAUGUUCAAGCGCCCCACUGAUCCUCCAGAGCAUAACUACCUUUAUCUGCUUCCUGGUGGUGUCUUUGUUGGAGGCUACGCUGCUGCUCUGCAGUCUGGAUACAACAUUGAACAGAUGAUGUACUUGGGCUCAGGUCUGUGCUGUGUCGGUGCCCUGGCUGGCCUUUCCAACCAGACCACAGCCCGUCUGGGUAAUGCUUUGGGUAUGAUGGGAGUCAUGGGGGGGGUCGCUGCCACUCUGGGAGCUCUCAAACCGAGUCCUGAGCUCCUGGCACAGAUGAGCGCAGCCAUGGCUGUUGGCGGCACCGCUGGCCUGGCCAUUGCUAAGAGGAUCCAGAUCACAGACUUGCCCCAGCUGGUGGCUGCCUUCCACAGCUUGGUGGGGCUUGCCGCAGUGCUUACCUGUGUGGCCGAAUACAUGAUCGAGUACCCCCACUUCGCCACAGACCCUGCAGCCAACCUCACCAAGGUUGUAGCGUACCUCGGUACCUACAUUGGUGGAAUCACUUUCAGUGGCUCUUUGGUGGCAUAUGGCAAACUACAAGGUGUUCUGGACAGUGCUCCCCUGAUGCUCCCUGGUCGUCAUGCUCUCAACGCAAGCCUCAUGGCGGCCAGUGUUGGUGCGAUGAUUCCCUUCAUGCUGGAUCCCAGUUACACCACAGGCCUUACCUGUCUCGGAUCAGUCUCUGCUCUCUCUGCUGUCAUGGGUGUCACCUUGACAGCAGCUAUUGGAGGCGCUGACAUGCCGGUGGUAAUCACCGUACUGAACAGUUACUCAGGCUGGGCCCUGUGUGCCGAGGGCUUCCUGCUCAACAACAACCUUCUGACCAUCGUCGGAGCGCUCAUUGGAUCGUCUGGAGCCAUUCUGUCAUAUAUUAUGUGUGUGGCCAUGAAUCGUUCACUGGCUAAUGUGAUCCUGGGAGGCUACGGCACGUCUUCCACCGGUGGAGGAAAGCCCAUGGAGAUCACAGGGACACACACAGAGGUCAACGUGGAUCAGACCAUCGACAUGAUUAAAGACGCCCAGAGCAUAAUCAUCACUCCAGGUUAUGGACUCUGUGCUGCGAAGGCCCAGUACCCCAUCGCUGAGCUGGUGAAGCUACUUAGAGAUGCAGGCAAGAAUGUCAGGUUUGGUAUUCACCCUGUGGCUGGCCGUAUGCCCGGUCAGCUCAAUGUGCUGUUGGCUGAAGCUGGUGUCCCAUAUGAUAUUGUCCUGGAGAUGGAGGAGCUUAAUGAAGACUUCCCUGAAACGGACCUGACCCUGGUGAUCGGUGCCAAUGACACAGUGAACUCAGCCGCCCAGGAAGAUCCCAACUCCAUCAUUGCCGGUAUGCCUGUGCUGGAGGUCUGGAAGUCGAAGCAGGUGAUUGUGAUGAAACGUUCCCUGGGCGUGGGCUACGCCGCUGUUGACAACCCCAUCUUCUACAAGCCCAACACUGCGAUGUUGCUAGGAGACGCCAAGAAGACUUGUGAUGCUCUGCUGGCCAAGGCCCGCGAGUCCCAGAGCCAGUAAGGUUACUCUGGGACUAGUGUGGCACACAUGGAGCUAGUGUAGUACACAUGGCGCGAGGAUGUUUUCCCCCCAAAAAGUCUCAGUAUUAAGAUCCUCUUUGUCCCAUUGACUCAGCCAGUUGAGCAAAGAUGAUCUCUAAGAUACAACGUUUAUGACACACCCUUCCUAUCAUCGAUAGAUUUAAAAAAUAAAAAGGCAACAUUUGUUGUAAAAAAACAAAAAAAUGCUUGUGCAGUAAAGCCAAGUAAUGCAGAUACUGUAGUUUUACUCCCUGUUUUCUCUUUGACACGUUUAUUUCUAGAUAGUGAAGGAAGGGUACGUCAAGCACAUGCACAUGGUCUGUAAUCUGCAGAGCAACUGACAGAUCUUCAUGUUAGACACCUAUAUUAAUGUAAUACAACCAGAAAUGUAGAUGCAGUAAGAUGUUAGAUUUGUUAAAUUUCACUGUUAAGAAGUUUUAGGAAAUAGUAAGUUGUUGAAAGAAAAUUGAAGACGAAUUGGAAUUAAAAAGGAGCUACGGCAGAGAUAUAAACGUGAGCCGCCAGAGAAAGAGGUCUGAGAGACUUAUGUUACAGCACUAAUGUUUUCCCACGCUGUAAAAACAGUCCCCCCCACCCCCUCUCCAGACUUAUUAUAGUAAGGUCAUUUGAUGUUCCCUUUGAAAGAUCUAUUUGCUCUAAUGUCCCACCUUCUUUUUCUGUACAAGUAAAAAGAAAAAAGCUGAAUAGUGCAACAUUUUUGUAAAGUUCUUUCAGUUCCAGUUUUAUACUGUAUUGAGAGAUUUUUGUAUUCGGUUUAAUAAUUAUCAUUAACCUAGAAAAUGAUCCUGUUUUAAAGCCAUAACCAGUUAUCAAAAUCUAGUCAUGCUACUUGCUUUUUUUCUUUUCACUUGAGUGUGUCUUGUGACCUCCACCCAUGCCCAGAUAUCACACAUGGAUCCAAAAACUUUCAGAAAUCCACUCAAACCUCGUCUAUCGAGCAUUUAACGCAAUAAAACAGAAUGGAUCUGACCUUUAAGUGUAAGACCACAGCUACCCUGUAAUGCUAGUAAAGACUGUGCUACUCCUACAAAUAGCUCUGAUAGCUCAAUGUAUUUUAUGUUUUUGAACCAGGCGUGUCCCAUCAUCCUGUGUGGUUCUGAUGUUAUAGUAUAUGUCUGGCCUUUGGCUUUUACGGUAAAGAAGUUUUUUUUGUUUUUUUUGGCUCAUCCACUCCAAUAUGUGUGUCCUUGUUAUGGCUUCAGAAGGAAAUGUAAAGUAGGGCCAUAUGUAAACCUGACUGUUGUGUAAAGACAACAAUGAGGUUAAUUGAUUUGAUUUGUUGCCGCAUUUCAGAAUACGUGAAUUAUUCAACAUUAUUAUUAAUUGUGCAUUUCUAAAUUCAAAUGUUCCUUUUUCAUUUCUUUUAAACUUGUGCCAAAACAUCCCCUUUUGUACUCAAUCUGGAUAGAAUCCAUGGCACAAAUGUAGAUUGAUUGGUUGUUGUCUAACCACUUGAGUAAUUCUUGAAAAGAUCCCUGACAUAAUGACAGUAGCUCCCACGCUACAUCUGUCUUCACACAGCUGAGCUAACCGAACUAAAAACACCAAAAACCUAGUCCACCAAGUUUGAAUUUUUGACCAAGGUUGGUUUGCGGCCAUCCUAUUAUUACUUUACUUUCUCUGUGUUUUAUGGCCAUGAUACAGUAAAAGAAUCAGUACGUUUCCUUUGUACAAGGUUUGAGGAACAACAGGUCAUGAAUUGACAGGACAACUAAGUUAGUACUGUAAGAAGUAAGUUAUUAUGUUAACCCUGGGGCCGUAUACAUUGACCAUGACAACUAUCCUACCUCUCCAUAAAAUGACCAAUAACUUUGCAUAGGACCUUCACCUGACCAAUCAUCAAUGACUGAAUCUACUACGGGCCAGUCAUUUACCAUACACACACUUGCAUACCCUAAACCUGCACAAUUGCCUUCUGUUUUGUGUUCAUUGUUUUUUAACCAUCAGACCUCAGUUUGCUGCUGACUAGUUUACUGUAUGUUAUGCAAGUGAAGAGCUGCAGAUGUCAUUAGUGCUCAUGAGGCUUAUUGUUCUUACAUGUCAGUUUACACAAGCAAAUGCAAUCUUUAAGGACUAUUACAUUGAGAUGUCUGCUUAAUAUUUGGAGUCUGUUGCCAAUUUUUUGUACUUUAUAGGUAUUGAUCAAAUUAGGGGAGAUGGAAAAAUCUUAAGAAAUUUACCAUGGCCAAAAGCAAACCAGCCCCCCCCCCCCCCCCCCCCCCCCCCCCCCCCCCAAUUUCCAUUCCCUUUUUGCUUAAGGAAAGUAUUUUUUUAAAGAGGCUAUUUGUGCAGAGCAACAAUGGGGUUUUGAAGUUGUACAAUGUUUCAAUGCACCACAUAGGGAGUUAAAAUGAUGAAAUGUACUGUGAAUGUUUUUCUCCUCAUGUUUAUCAUGGAACAUUUUCAUCCCUAAUAAACCUGUAUUUACACUA